CUUGUUUUACGCCACACUUGAGUGAAGACUCGGUUUCAAAAGUAGAUUUUCCUGCGAAAGGUGUUGCUGCAGCCUCAGUAUUUUGGACCUUCUAGUAAAAAUGAGCCCACUCGACUCCUCCAACACCACAGCAGAGGGGGAGGCUGGCGGUGACCUUUCAUUUUUGUUCAACGACAGCCUUGGUUCAUACCAGCCGGGGUUCCACUCUGAUAUCACCAAGCACCUUGGAGUCCAAAUCACCUUAAUCAUGGCUUAUUCCUUAAUAAUAUUGUUGGGGCUGCUGGGCAAUUCCCUUGUAAUCUACAUGAUUAUUCGCUACAGGAACAUGCGGACAGUGACCAACUACUUCAUAGCCAAUCUGGCGUUGGCGGACCUUCUGAUGGUCACUCUUUGCCUUCCCUUCACUCUGGUUUACACUCUGUUAGAUGAGUGGAAGUUUGGUGCCAUGUUAUGCCACAUGGUACCUUUUGCCCAAGCACUGAGCGUCCAUGUGUCUAUACUGACCCUGACUGUCAUUGCUCUGGAACGUUACCGCUGCAUUGUUUUCCACCUCGGUCGACGCUUGACUUGGCGUUCCAGCCUCUUCAUUAUGGCAUUCACCUGGACUAUUUCUUCUGUCUUGGCAGCUCCUCUUGCCAUCUUUAGGGAAUAUCGCUAUGAAGAAAUUCCUUCCAUCAACCUGCGCAUGCCCGUGUGCUCUGAGAAGUGGCCCCAUGGCAUUAACAGGGACGGAGUCAUCUACAGCCUUUCAAUGAUCCUAUUACUGUACAUUUUACCUUUAGCCAUCAUCAGCUAUGCCUACAUAUGCAUCUGGGUCAAACUGAAGAACCACGUCAGCCCUUCCAGCCGGAACGACAGCAUCAAUCGACGCAAGAAAACAACAAAGAUGUUGGCAUUGGUGGUGGUGGUGUUUGCGGUCAGUUGGCUGCCUUUGCAUGUGCUUCAGCUGGCCACUGAUCUUGACCUGGUGCUCCGAUUCGAGGAGUAUAAGCUCAUAUUUACUGUGUUUCACAUUGUCGCUAUGUGUCCUACCUUUACCAACCCUCUUCUCUAUGGAUGGAUGAAUAAAAACUACAGGAAUGGCUUCUUAAUGGUGUUCCGGUGUGAGGACAAGGCAGACUCUUUCCACCCAGAAGGGUCAUUUAGGACACGUUCUGUGAGAGGGCUGGCUGUGAACAGUCGUAAUGGUGGACAUCCUCCUACUGCUGUAUGAAAUUGGUGUGGUG